AUGGGAAAGUCAAAGUCGCAAAAGCGAAACCACUCAACGACAUCUUCACCAUAUUCUAAACCCGAAAAAGCUGCUGCCAAUCAUGUCUUCAAAUUCAACACCAAUGUCGGUCAACAUAUUCUUAAGAAUCCCGGCGUCGCUGAGGCGAUCGUGGCUAAAGCAUUCCUCAAGCCAUCUGAUACGGUACUAGAAGUUGGCCCCGGCACUGGUAAUCUUACAGUGCGCAUUCUGCAACAGGCUCAGAAAGUGAUUGCUGUGGAACUAGAUCCACGUAUGGCGGCCGAGGUUACAAAGCGUGUACAGGGUAAACCUGAACAACAGCGUCUAGAAGUCAUCUUAGGUGAUGUGAUAAAGAUGGAAACGUUACCACGCUUUGAUGUCUGCAUUAGCAACACACCCUAUCAGAUUUCAAGCCCUCUUGUCUUCAAGCUGCUCGCCCUACCAAAUCCCCCGCGAACUUCCGUACUUAUGUUUCAACGCGAAUUUGCCCUCCGACUAACGGCACGCCCAGGUGAUUCCCUUUAUUGUCGAUUGUCUGUCAAUGCACAGUUCUGGGCAAAGAUAACUCAUGUGAUGAAAGUGGGAAAAAACAACUUCAAGCCACCACCACAGGUGGAAAGCAGUGUGGUUCGGAUUGAACCAAAGUUGGGAAGCGAGCGGCCAGGUGUCAGCUGGGAGGAGUGGGAUGGAAUGUUGAGAAUCUGUUUUGUCCGAAAGAACAGAAGCAUGCGUGCCAGCUGGCUAGGAACUAAGGAAGUCUUAGCAAUGCUCGAAAGAAAUUAUCGAGUUUGGUGUGCUAUGAAUGAUGUAGCCCUCGAUGAUACAAUUAUUGAGGGAGAAGACAUGACGAUGGAAACUGAUGGACCAGAAGAAGAAUGGGAUGGAAUUAUGGAUAUCGAUGACGCUGUGGAUGAGCUGCCCAGCUUCUUUGCAGAAGAAUCGUCUCGAAUUGCAAAAAAAAAAGGAGAGAAGACAAAGAGUAAAAAGAAGAGAACGCGAGUAUAUGAACUCGUCCGUGAGAAGAUUCGAAAAGUUCUUGAGGAUGUGACCGAACUAGCCGAUCAACGCGCAGGAAAAUGUGACGAAAAUGACUUUCUUAGGCUGCUGUGUGCAUUUAAUGAUGAGGGAAUCCACUUUUCAUGA